AUGCCGGAGAAUCCAUCUCUGCCGCCGAUCUGGGCCGCAGGGAGGAGGAAACGGAGUCGGGAAAACAGGAAACCUCGGCCUGGCGCCUGUGUCGUCUACGUGUGCUGCGCCCCGGAGACGCUGCGGGAGCUGAUGCUGCAGGGGGGGGGCGAGGGGCUGACCCACGCCGGGACCCCCGUCCCCGAGGGGACCUUGCAGGGUCCCCGUCCCUGGUGGGGUCGGACCAGCCCCACCGCCAGCCGCUCUCCUUCAUCCCAGGCCGUCACCAUCAUCACCUACAAGGAGCCCGAAAACCCUGAGUACCGGCCCUUCCUGGCACGGCUGAAGGAGGAGGCGCUCACCCACUUCAACUUCUCCAUGAAGGACGGCUUGAUGAACUUCAUCGCGGCCGCCUUCCACGAUGGGGUGCUGCUCUAAGCCCAGGCAAAAAAAAGGGGCGUCUCCUUCACCAACGCCCCCGCCAUCACCCGCCAGAUGUGGAACCGCACCUUCUAUGGCGUCACCGGCUUCCUGAAGAUUGACGAGAACGGGGACCGGGAGAGCGACUACUCCCUGUGGGACAUGGACCCCACGCGGGGGGAAUUCCAGGUGAGCCCCAGCGCGGGGGCAGCCGGUCCCACAGGGUGACUGGGGCCUCCUCCCACCCGGGACACGAGACCCCCACCCCGGGCACCCGCAUGCCCCUCACCGCCCUCCUCUCACUGCGCAGCCAGCCUGUCCACCCUGGAGGUCCUGUCCCUCGUCGUCAGCCUCAUCCUCCUGGCCAUCACCGUCACCUCCUUCUUCAUCUACAGGCACACGCGGGAGAAGGAGGUGCCAGCCGAGCUGUGGCGUAUCCGCUGGGAGGACGUGCAGAUGAGCAGCCUGGAGAAACACCUCCGGAACGCCGGCAGCAAGCUCACCCUCUCCUUGAGGGGCUCCAACUACGGCUCGCUGAUGACGGCGGAGGGGCAGUUCCAGGUCUACGCCAAGACAGCGUAUUACAAGGGCAACCUCGUGGCUGGGAAGCACCUCAACCGCAAGCGCAUCGAGCUGACGCGCAAGGUCUUGUUCGAGCUGAAGCACAUGCGGGAUAUCCAAAAUGAGCAUCUGACCCGCUUCAUCGGCGCCUGCACCGACCCCCCGAACAUCUGCAUCCUGACCGAGUACUGCCCGCGCGGGAGCCUCCAGGACAUCUUGGAGAACGAGAGCAUCACGCUGGACUGGAUGUUCCGCUAUUCCCUCACCCAUGACAUUGUCAAGGGGAUGCAGUUCCUGCACAACGGGGUGAUCGUCUCCCAUGGGAACCUCAAGUCCUCCAACUGCGUGGUGGACAGCCGCUUCGUGCUGAAGAUCACAGACUACGGCCUGGAGAGCUUCCGCGUGGUCCCCGACGGCGAGGACUCCCACGCGCUCUUCGCCAAGAAGCUGUGGACGGCACCCGAGCUGCUGCGGAUGGAGUUGCCGCCAGCCCGCGGCACGCAGAAGGGCGACGUUUACAGCUUUGGCAUCAUCCUGCAAGAGAUCGCCCUGCGCAACGGUGUCUUCUACGUGGAGGGGCUGGACCUGAGCCCCAAAGAGAUCAUUGAGCGGGUGAAGAGUGGGGAGCGCCCCAGCUUCCGCCCCUCGGCCAACGUGGGGUGCCACAUGGAGGAGCUGGGCCAGCUGAUGCAGCACUGCUGGGCCGAGGACGUCCUGGAGCGCCCCGACUUCAACCAGAUCAAGGUCCAGCUCCGCAAGUUCAACAGGGAGAGCAGCAGCAACAUCCUGGACAACCUGCUGUCACGCAUGGAGCAGUACGCCAACAACCUGGAGGAGCUGGUGGAAGAGCGAACCCAAGCCUACCUGGAGGAGAAGCGCAAGGCUGAGGCUCUCCUCUACCAGAUCCUGCCCCAGUGAGCACCGGGGGCCCUGAAGAUGGGGACGCCGGUGGAGCCCGAGUACUUCGAGGAGGUGACGCUCUACUUCAGCGACAUCGUGGGCUUCACCACCAUCUCGGCCAUGAGCGAGCCCAUCGAGGUGGUCGACCUCCUCAACGACCUCUACACCUGCUUCGACGCCAUCAUCGACAACUUCGACGUCUACAAAGUGGAGACAAUCGGGGACGCCUACAUGGUGGUGUCGGGGCUGCCGGUGCGCAAUGGGAAGCUGCACGCCCGGGAGGUGGCCCGCAUGGCCCUGGCGCUCCNGGACCAGGCUGGCACUUGGGCUCGCUGGGGGGGCUCACUGGGGUGGCUCACUGGGGGUCCCACAGGACCUGUCUGCGCUGGCGUCGUGGGUCUCAAAAUGCCCCGGUACUGCCUCUUCGGGGACACGGUGAACACAGCCUCGCGCAUGGAGUCCAACGGGGAAGCCCUGAAGAUCCACAUCUCAGCGGUGACCAAGGCCGUGCUGGAGGAGUUUGGCUGCUUCGAGCUGGAGCUGCGGGGUGACGUGGAGAUGAAGGUGAUCCCCGGCACCCCCAACAGCCCCAGCCCCCCGCAAUGGCUGCCCCAGUGGGGUCCCCCCUCCGCAUCCUCAUCCCACAGCCCUGCUGGAGCAAUAUGA